CUUACCACAUACAUUGUCUUCACUAGUCAACAUGUCGGAAUCUUCAGAAUCUCCGCUCGUCCUCGUCCACCGCACACCAACUCUAACUUACAUGGACGACCACCUCAGUCGCAACUUCCGUCUUCUCAAAACUUACGCCUCACCGGAUCCACUACCUGUCUUCCUCUCCCGCCACGCCGCCUCCGUCACAGCCUUCGUCAACAUCGGCAGGCUCAAGAUAGACGCGGAGCUCCUCUCCCACCUCCCUUCUCUCCAGCUUCUCGUCUGCACCAGCGUCGGCACCGAUCACGUCGACCUCGCUGAAUGCAAGCGCCUCGGCAUAGCCGUCACCAACGCCGGCGACGCCUUCUCCGAUGACGUGGCGGAUUGCGCCGUCGGGUUGCUGAUUAGCGUCCUCCGUCUCAUUUCGGUCGGAGAUCGUUACGUCCGGUCUGGUAAAUGGGCGAAACCGGGGGAGUUCCAACUAGGCACCAAGGUAAGUGGAAAGCGAGUUGGGAUCAUUGGAAUGGGGACGAUCGGAUCCCGUAUCGCCAAAAGACUCGAACCCUUUGGAUGCAUCAUCUCUUACAACGCGAGAACUCAGAAACAGAGCAUCCCUUACCGUUACUACUCCGAUGUUCUGUCCUUGGCAGCAGACAACGAUGUCCUCGUGCUCUGCUGCUCUCUUACGGAUCAGACGAGGCACGUUGUGAACAGAGAAGUGAUGGAGUCGCUUGGGAAGGAAGGGGUUAUCAUUAAUGUGGGAAGGGGAGAACUGAUUGAUGAGAAGGAGAUGGUGAAGUGUCUUGUGGAAGGCGUGAUCGGUGGUGCCGGUUUAGAUGUGUUUGAGAAAGAACCGCAAGUUCCUGAGGAGUUGUUUGGUUUGGACAAUGUUGUCUUGUCUCCGCAUGCUGCUGUGGCCACGCCUGGGGCUUUGGAAAGCGUUGCUCAGGUUGCGAUAGCUAACUUGAAGGCGUUUUUCUCGAACCAGCCUUUGGUUUCCCCGGUUCGAUUGGGUUGAGAGAUCGUCAGGUUUGAUCCAAGAAGGCUCAUGAUCAAAUGUAUUAUUAGUUAUUGAAUGAUAUGAUUAAGAAAAGGAAAGUGUACUUAUAUAUUGAUCAGUGAAUCCCCUAUAUAUUAUGGGAAUAGUCAAGAAAGAAUAUCAAAACUAAGAUGCUAAUGUGUAAUUAUGGGAGUGAUCUGUGGAGAAAUUAAACUACUUCUCAAGUUA